AGCCUCGAUCGUGCCCGAUGUCGGACCUGAUCUUCACUGAAGCAGAGCUCAAGUUCCGGAAACCGCAAGAAGAUGCCAAGAGGAAAAUCUUCAGAGAUGCCGAAGAAGUAAUCUCGACGAUGAAAGCACGCGGGGUGCCUGAGCCCAACUUCAUAAGGACUGCCUUCCGGCUCGAUGAUCUACUUGGUGGAGGGAUCUCGACUGGGCGAGGUGUCAUUGAAGUCACUGGCGAAGCGUCUUCCGGGAAAACUCAGUUACUGCUCGACAUUGCCCUCAGUUGUCCCCGAAAAGCAAUCUAUAUCAAUACGGAGGGACGUUUCCCAGGGGAGCGUAUUGCUCAAAUGAUACGGCUCCGAGAAAGCUGGAGGAACGCUUCGCUCGACAACGUUUUGGUGUCCCAGAUUUCCGAAUUGGACACCUUAGUUCUAACCAUCGAGCAUUCGCUACCGGAAAUCUUGAAGAAUAAGGAUGUCAGCGUGGUCCUCAUAGAUUCGAUAACGUGGCCUUUCCGCGUCGAAGAUGGGAGCCGCGAGCGUACUCAAACAAUUCAGAACGUUGUUCGGAAACUACACGCGCUCUCGAAGAAGUACAAUGUGGCAGUGGUAUGCGCCAAUCACGUCGCCGAUGAUCUCCAGAGUCGUACCACGAAACCUUGCCUCGGACAGUCGUGGUCAAAAGGCAUCUCGGGCCGGCUCUUCCUGCGAGUUGAAAACCGAGACGAGGGUUUGCGAUCCCUAAGCGUGGACUGGUGUGAAGAUUACCUGGAUUGGACCGUCGGAGCGAAACGAUACUUUCAGAUCCGAUCCGAGGGCCUAGUUGAAGUAUAG